AUGGCCGAAAACACGGUUCUGUACGAGCCAACUGACGAGGGCAUCACGACCAUCACCAUUGACCGGCCCUCCGUCCGUAACGCCGUUAACCACGCCACAUCCCUCCAGCUCGCCGAAGCCUUUCAGAGCUUCGAAAACGACAGCACCCAGAAAGUGUGCAUCCUCACCGGCGCGGGCACCAACUUUUGCGCCGGCUAUGACCUCCACGAGGUCGCCGGCAGCAGCAGCGCCGGCAGCAGCAGCGCCGGCAGCAGCGCCCUCGCCGUCGGCCCCGUCGACAAGCUGAACGGCGCUCUCGGCCCAAUGGGCCCGUCCCGGAUGCGCCUCAGCAAGCCCGUCAUCGCCGCCGUCUCCGGGCACGCCGUCGCCGGCGGCCUCGAGCUCGCACUCCUCGCGGACCUGCGCGUCGUCGACGCCACCGCCGUCUUCGGCGUCUUCUGCCGCCGCUUCGGCGUGCCGCUCAUCGACGGCGGGACCGUGCGGCUGCCGCGUGUCGUCGGGCUCGGCCGCGCGCUCGACAUGAUCCUGACCGGCCGGCCGGUAGACGCGCAGGAGGCCCUGGCCAUCGGCCUGGCCAACCGCUUGGUGGAGGACGCGGUGGAUGGCGCGCGGGAGCUGGCGAGGGGGUUGUUGAGGUUUCCGCAGCGGUGCAUGCGGGCGGACCUGGCGGCAGCGCAGUAUGGUGCGUAUGAUGCGGCGAGCUUGGAGGAGGCGCUGCGGUUCGAGUUUGAGAACGGUGCGAAGGUGGUGGCGGAGGAGAGCGUCGCGGGGGCAAGGAGGUUCGACAAGGGCGCGGGACGGGGAGGAGCGUUUGAGAAGGGAAAGCUGUGA